CUCGCUGUGCCCUGCUCACAACCAGACGGCGGCACAGGCCUGGUCGAACCUACAGGAAACGUGCAGUGGCCGUUGUGAACUUACACCACUUGUCGACCAUGUAUACGCUAUUAGCGACAGCAUGGCUGCUGGCGGCCUCAGAAUACACGGGGGCAAUGGUUGUCACAACGGAUUCCGUAACAACGCCGCCAAACAUCAUCUUCAUCGUGGCUGAUGACCUGGGCUGGAAUGACGUUAGUUUCCAUGGCUCCGACCAGAUUCCUACGCCCAACAUCGACGCCUUGGCGUACCACGGCGUCAUCCUCAACAGUCAUUACGUGCAGCCUGUGUGUACGCCUUCGAGAUCAGCUCUCAUGACUGGGAAGUACCCUAUUCGCACAGGUAUGCAGGGGCAGCCCAUUUCUCCCGCUCAGCUUCGCGCGCUGCCCGAGGGCAAGAUCCUGCCGCAGUACCUCAAGGACUUGGGCUACGUGACGAGGGCCGUGGGAAAGUGGCACCUGGGCCACCACUCGAAGAAGUACACGCCAACGUACCGAGGGUUCGACUCACACCUCGGCUACUGGAGUGGCCUGGUUGGCUACUAUGACUUCAUAAUCCAAUCUGGAAACAUGAGCGGCUACGACCUGCGCGACAAUAUGCGGACGGCGUGGGAGUACUCCGGUCGCUACGUGACGGACGUUUUCUCGGAGGAGGCGGAGAGGCUGAUAGCUGAGCACGACACUCAGAGGCCGCUCUUCCUCUACGUGGCCCACCUCGGCUGCCACGCAGGAGUGGCCGCCAAGUGGCUGGACGCCCCGCAGCAGGUGGUGAAUGCCUUUGGCCACGUCUCGGACCCCAACCGCCGUCUCUACGCAGCCGUGAUGUCAAAGGUGGACGAGUCGGUUGGACGUGUGGCGGCGGCGUUGCAGCAGCGCGGCAUGCUGGAGAACUCCAUCAUCGUCUUCAUUGCUGAUAAUGGCGCCCCUUCGUCAGGCCAGUACAACAACUGGGGCUCCAACUAUCCACUGAGAGGGAUUAAGAACACCCUGUGGGAAGGCGGAGUGAGAGGAGUCGCUGCAGUCUGGAGCCCGCUGCUGGAGAACACGCCCAGGGUGUCCAACCAGCUGAUGCACAUCACCGACUGGCUGCCCACGCUCUACGCAGCAGCAGGAGGAAAUGCAUCUUCCCUUCCGGAGGACCUGGACGGAGUGAAUGCGUGGCCUCAGCUGGUGACUGGCUACGGAUCUCCGCGGUCGGAACUGCUGAUCAACGUCGACGAAGUCGUUGGGAACGCCGCCAUACGACUGGACGAUUGGAAGCUCGUCAGAGGCCGGCAGAACAGCGCUUCGGACACUGGCUACCAGGGGUCGACUGGCCGCGAGGAUGCUGGCUACACCCCGGUCUACACUCCAGAGCAGGUGCUGUCCAGCGCCGCGGGCCGGGCCAUCUCUAGCGCGCUGGGCAACUCCACUCCAGCCGAGGUGAUGCUGAGGCUCCGCGCAGAGGCCACCGUCUCCUGCCCUGACCGCCCCCAGCAGCCGCGGUGCGCCGUCGUCAACGGCAGCGACGUCUGCGUCUUCAACGUCAGCCACGACCCGUGCGAGGCGGGCGACGGCGCGGCCCCCGAGGCGGUGCUCUCCCUGCUGCUGGAGCGCCUGGAGGCGCUGUCGCAGCCGAUGCUGCCCCAGCAGGACUCGACGACGUACCCCGGCCUGGCCGACCCCAGGCGCUGGAACAACACCUGGGUGCCCUGGACCGACUGCCUCGUCGACGCGACGGACGAGGCCUGCAACGCUGUCGCAAACACCACGAGACUGAUCAGCAUAGUAUGAGCGCGGAACCAACACGACGGCUGACGGCGUCGCAGCCGAUCUGUAACUUGCCGCAGCCAUUGAGAUUUAGUCUUGUUACAGAUUCCUUGUUCUUACAUGAAAUUGGAUAGUGAUAACACAAGUAAUUCCUGCAGACUGUAGAGAGCAUAACUCAGUGCCGACACGGUUACAAUCGUUGGACUCAGAAGCAAGGUUUCUGCUACUUCUCUGCCUUCACGCUUGAUCUUAAUUUCUCUAGCUACCCUCUAAUCUCCCCCUAUCAUGCUCGGUCCAUCUUUCACUUUCUUCCUUCCUCUGAGUAAGCUGCCUUUCGACGUGACGUGAACUACCGCUAUCCGAAAUUACUACAGUGUUGUAAACGAAAAUCACAAAAUUGAGGAUGUUCUACAGUACUGAUGCGUUUUGUUAACCUGUUUUAGUCUUAGAAGGACGUCAUUAGCCUGUCGCUGUCAAAAAAGAAUGCAAUACUGGUGAACAACCUGACAAACGUGUUACGCAUGGACGCUGAGGAGCAAACACAGAGUAAAUGUCAUCUUCGACCUCGCAGUUGCAACAGUGGAACUUACUACAAAAACAUUUAAACUAAACAUGUAAAAGGAAUUAUCAUGUUUGUGUGUGUGCGUGUAUGUGUGUGUGUGUGUGUGUGUGUGUGUGUGUGUGUGUGUGUGUGUGUGUGCCGGGGUGGGGGAUCGCACUCGUAUGUAAGGAUAAGCUGGAAGAAAAGACAACGUUGGCCAAGAAUUACAUUUCACGGACGAGGAUAUCUACGUAUGGUAGAACAGCCAGGUACCUUUUAUUUUUCGGUGUUUAUUCAAGAUAUCUGUGCUUUGUUGCAUUUAUAUAUUUACUCUUUAACAUUACCGUUUCCAAUUAUGUUACCACUGCCCUGUCAAUGACAUUUACUGUACACUCUGGUCACAACUCACUCUCCAUUUGUAAUAUACUCUUAGUGCUGUUCACCAAACAAUACUGUAUCCUCUUUGACGAUGACUGUCAAAUUGCGAUGAUGGCCUUGUAAGCUAAAAACCGGUUAGCCAAAUUGGAACUGUAGAGCACGCACAGUUUUGGCUUUUCAUUUAUAAUUAUGAAUUCGUUCUACCAAGGACCGAUGGAAGAUUCAGUUAACACCAAAUUACUACACAACGAACUGUGUCCUAAGAGGUGAUAUCCAGCUCCACUCAAGAUAUAUCUGAUACAUAAGCCUUUUGGUUUCCUUUAAAUACUUGUGGCAUUUCAUUGUUCAUAUCAAAUAAU